AUAACAAUCCAAGCCAAUAAUCCAAAUGAAAUUCGGAUGAGCAAAUUGCAGUUUGAAUGCGUGGACAAAUGCUGUGAUGAUACUUUUUUGGCCAAAUACCGGUUGACCAUAUACAAUCUGAUGGCCGUUCAAUCGCCACAAUUCAUCGUAUGCAAUAUGCUCUGGCGAUUGACAGCAUUCAAAAGCCAUUUGAGCCAUCUCACCGUUCGUUUGGAAUCGAAUGAUACAUCGGAAAAAGUCAGAUGCAACGUCAAGCUGACAGUGAAACUGAUGUCAUCAACCAAUUCGAUCGAAAAGACUGGAUCAAAACAAUUCCGGUGUUACAAUAUCUUGAGUAUCGGCUGGAAUGAGUUGCCAUGGGACCAGUUACUCAAUCCAGACAAUGGGUUUGUUGAAAAUGAUCAAGCUGUCAUCGAGGUCGAGAUAAAAACCGACAAACCCGAAGACAUCAAUCCGAAUGGCAGAAAACGCAAAGCAAAGCAAUCAAAGUCAGCAAAAAUGAUGUGCAUCAUUUGUUCAAAAUCAAUCGGUAGUGAAAGUACAUCUUUUACACCAUGUGGCCACCUUUUCUGCACCACAUGCAUUCGCAACGCAAUCAGACGCAAUGGAACAUGCCCAAAUGCAACAUGCAAACGCCAAAUUACUGUGAAGCAGCUACAACGCGCCCAUUUGACAUUCAAAAAUUGAACAAGGACGGGGACGCAGAAGAUGAAUCAACUGAAGUUCAAUUUGAAAUCAUUGAGUCCGAAGUCACCAAUCAACUUUCAAGGACAUAGAUACAUAACAAAAGCAUUAUUACAC